UUGGAAAUAUUGGUUUUAAUUUCUAUUAUAAAUGGUGAAGGUGUCCUACUACAAGAUGGAAAUAGUGCAACAUCAGCAUUAAAAAGUGAUAUAGACAUAGAAGAUACUAGUGUUUUAGUGAACGGUGGAAGUGCAGAUCUUAGCCACAUUGUAUCGGAUGGUAGUGCAUUAAUAAAAAAUCAAAUAUCAAAUAUAAACAGUGAUGGUGUUAUAAAUAGUAUAACAAUGUUAAAUCAUCAUAGUAGCAUUAGUAAUAGUGAUACGACGAACACAAGGAGUGGGGUUAGUAGUGGGGGUAUAAGUAGUAGUAGUAGUAGCAUAAGUAGUAGUAAUAGUAAUAGUGGGCAUAGUGCUACGAUUGGUGCUAUAAUACCACCACUUGGUACAAAUACAAACCAACAUCAUGGUUUCCCUGGUAUUGACAUUAGUGGUUUUCAAUUUCCCAGCGGUUUUACUUUUGGUGGUACAUUAGGUAGUAUGAUGACACCAAAACAACAACAACAUCAUGCAGAUUUCAAUGAAUUAACUGCAUCAUUUCCACCACCAUCGGUUAACCAACUACCAAAACAUAAUAAUAUGCACCAGCAACAACAAUUUGAUACAUAUUCAAUAGAUGGUAGCAGUAGUAACAACAAUGAUAAUCAUCAUCUUCAUCAUCAUCAUCAUUUGUCAUCAGAUAAUAUUGGUGAUUCGUCCAAUGGUUUGGAUGAUGAUACAUCUGUUAUGUUACAUUUUGGUACUGAUAAUAAUACAAUUGUUACAUCACAAACUGGUUCAAUGGCAUUGUUACCAUGCAUUGUGAAUAAUAUUGGAGAUGGUAUGGUAUCGUGGAUUAGAAGAAAAGAUUACCAUUUAUUAACUGUUGGAUUAACAACAUACAAUAGUGAUGAAAGAUUUCAAGCCAUACAUCUUCAGCAUUCAGAGGACUGGACGUUACAAAUAAAGUUUGUACAACGACGCGACGCCGGUUUAUAUGAGUGCCAGGUGUCGUCACAUCCGCCUCAAAGUAUUUUUGUUCAACUAGAUGUUGUUGAAGCGAGAGCAGAAAUUCAAGGACCUAGUGAGAAGUUCCUAAAACCAGGUUCAUCGUUACGUUUACAAUGCACAGUUGUACAAAGUACAGAAUUACCAUUGUACGUAUUCUGGUAUCAUAAUAAUCGUAUGAUUAAUUAUGAUUUAGACAGAGGUAUAAAUGUCACUACAGAAUUGGCCGCAAAGGUCAGUACAUUAAGUAUAACAUCAGCAACAACAAAGCAUACAGGGAAUUAUACUUGUGUGCCAAGUAAUGCACAGCCGGCAAGCACCUAUGUCCAUAUACUAAAUGGUGAAAAUCCGGCUGCAAUGCAACAUGGUGGACGUGGUUUGUCAUGGUUACGAUGUCCAUCCGCCUGGUUACUUAUUAUUAGUGUAAUAUUUAGUGUAAUAAUGACAAUAUCUUCAUAGUCAACAAAUAUUUUUUAUUAAUCAUCAUUUCAUUAACACGUCUGUCAUAUUUCUUUCUCAUCCGUCAUGUCUAUAUAAAGCUACAUACAUGUUCAUCAAUACGUACAAUUUUAAAAAACUAGUAAUGAGUUCUAUUUUGAUAAAUAAAAUCGAAUGUUUAAAACUAAGUUCCAGAAAAAAAAUGAAAUAUUAUAAACGAAAUGAAAGUUAUUUAUCAUUCGAAAAAAUCUUCCCAAUUAAGAGCCAUAACUGAUUAUCUCUGUGGCACAUGAAUACAAAUUUUAGCUGAAAUAAACGGAGCGGACGAUCAUACUAAUACGUUUGGAUUAACACUGACAAAAAAUAAUACAUUUCGCUAUU